AUGGGUUGCAGUGCGUCUAUGAAUGCAACAAAUCCCAGAAGACCUACAGUGACUUCUGUAUCCAAAAAUGCUCAACAGCACUCUUUACAGACUAAUCAGGUAAAUUCUGAUAAAUUGGGAAUCGAAAACUCUGCCUCAUCAAUCAGCCACCAAAAUUCUAAAGAAAGCAGUUCAAGAAGCACGUCGGAGCGUGCUAGAAAAAUCGGAGACGGCCAUAGCCAGGUUUCUUCUAUAAUUAAAGCCCAGAAUUCAGAAAAGAGCCAAGAGGAAAAACUUGAUGCGAAAGAUCGACUUGAUGUCGAUGUGAUAGAAGAGGACAAUAGUGAUGGAGAUUACAGCACAAUGCUCAAUAACUGUGAGUUUUACCAUGAGGAUAUCUUGCAUGAAUUUCUGGGAAUUGAAGAGAUUGAGAUGACAGGGAUUGACUAA